UAUGAUCUAUCGUGAAAAUCGAAAUAAGUCAAAUAACAAAAAGCCAGAGAAAAAGGUUAAAAGCAAUGGGAUUGGAAGGAACUCAAACUUAACUACCAAUAACAAUACACAACCAGGAGUGUCCUCUCCUCCAUUGGGCAUGGCUCCCACCAUUUCCUCACCGUACCAUGCCCACACUUUCCGAUUCCCUUCUCUCAAUUCCACUCUUCUCCUCCGUUCUACCACGCGCCGCCGCACCCAAUUCCUCACCUUCGCUUCCUCCUCUUCUUCUUCGCCCAACAACACUCCCCCACCUCCACUCCUCCCCACUCCUCCGCCUGAGAAGAAAUCCUUCGCCAUCGCCACCGGCGAGCUCUUCCUCGCCCUCGCCUCGCGCCUUAUCAAAAGCCGCAGCGGCGUUGGCGACGAUUCCGCUUCCGUGGCCAUGUUCGAGAAUUCAGCAGCACUGAAGAAACGUGAAUUGUACGAGGAGGAGAGGAUUGGGGCUGUGGUGGAGGAUGAGAUUCAACCCGACGUCGUUUGGGAGCAGAGGGUCAAGGACGUUGAGGCCGAGCGCAGUAGGCGAGUCGUCACCUCCCCUGGCUUUAGCUUCUCUGCUGCUGGUCUUCUCUUCCCUUACCAUCUCGGAGUUGCUCAGUUUCUCAUUCAGAAUCAUUACAUCAAGGAUACCACACCCUUAGCCGGUUCCUCUGCUGGGGCCAUAGUCUGUGCUGUGAUUGCUUCCGGAGCAAGUAUGGAAGAAGCAUUGAAGGCUACUAAAAUAUUGGCUGAAGAUUGCCGGAACCGGGGGACUGCAUUUCGGCUGGGGGCUGUUCUGCGUGAUGUUCUUGACAAGUUUUUGCCAGAUGAUGCUCAUAUAAGAUCAAAUGGGAGAGUUCGAGUUGCUGUGACACAGCUUCUUUGGAGACCCAGGGGUUUGUUGGUGGAUCAGUUUGAUUCCAAGGAAGAUCUCAUCAACGCAGUUUUUACUUCUUCCUUUAUCCCAGGAUAUCUUGCACCAAGGCCAGCAACAAUGUUUCGAAAUCGACUAUGCAUUGAUGGGGGUUUGACGUUGUUUAUGCCACCAACAUCUGCAGCACAAACCGUUCGUGUUUGUGCUUUCCCAGCAAGUCGUUUGGGAUUACAAGGGAUAGGGAUCAGUCCAGACUGCAAUCCAGAAAACGCUUGUAGCCCCCGACAGCUUUUUAACUGGGCACUUGAGCCAGCAGAAGAUGCAGUUCUUGACCGACUCUUUGAGCUUGGGUAUCUAGAUGCAGCUGUGUGGGCAAAGGAAAACCCAGUGGAAGAAAUAGUUCAAGAUGAUAGUCCUGUCCUUGGAAAUAGCAUUCCAGGAUAGCUCAUUAUGUAGAUUGAAGACACGUGAGGAAACUACAAAUUAUUGAAUUCAGCCAUGUUACUUGAACUUGAGCAUCAUAUUAGCAAAAAAAAUAUAUACCAUUGGUACUGGUCAGAGGUUCAUAACUGCUAUUUUUUCAUAUUUGUUGUAUAUUGCGAUAUAAUUCUUAACCCUGGUAGAGAAGAGUAGAAAGGGAAAGCAUAUAGGCAAUUUAUUCAUAAGUUAUAUAAGUCAGAAUGGUCAUGUAGUUUGAAA